GGGCUUUCGCAGUUUCUUAGGCCUGUGUAUCUGGCGCCCACCAUUUUGGCAAAGUAUUUUGCGUCCUCUGUUUGGCUCUACCGGCCCACGUGACUAGGCUUAAUCUUCGGUCACCCUAUGAUCUUUAGGCGUGGGAGAUACACAGGCAGAUCGCUGGAACCCUGGGACCCGAAAUGGAACUGUUGACAUUCAGUGAUGUGGCCAUUGAUUUCUCCCCAGAAGAGUGGGAAUGUCUGGACGCUGUUCAGCAGAAUAUGUAUAGGGAUGUGAUGUUGGAGACUUACGGAAACCUGAUCUCCCUGGGUUUUGCUGGCUCUACACCUAAGCUGAUCACCUUUCUAGAGCACAGGAAAGAGCCAUGCAGUGUACAGAAACAAGAGACACUGGAUGUAUGCCCAGCUAUGUCUUCUCAUUUUGCCCAAGGUGUUUCAUCAGAACAGGGCAGAAAAUAUUCAUUUCAAAACAUGACAAAGGGAAGGCACAGUUUUUGUGGUCAUGACAACUUACACUUCAAAAAAGAAUGGGAAAAUGUGGACAAAUAUGAAGAUCAGAAUGCAUAUUAUAAUGAUUGUAACAAGUUUGUUAUGACAAAAGAAAGCACAGCCUUCAUUGCCAACAGAGAUGAACAUACAGCAUUUCAGAAAAAAACUAAGUUUGUACCUGCUGCUGUUAAAGAUCCAUGUGUUUUUGUAAAUGAGCAUUCACAUCAAAUUUUGAAACACGCCUUUUCCCUCAAAGGAAAUUCAGGAAAUCUAACAAUGAGACCAGCCCAUGCCUCAGUACAUCACUUGAAAAAUAUUAAAUAUAGCACUGGAUUAAAUUUUGAACCGUUGAUUUUGGUAGAUAAUAAAUUUAAAAGUGAAGAACAAAUUCCUAAAUAUAAUCAGUUUGGUUCUUUCCUGGAAAGUUUAUUCUGUAAUCAACAAAUGCAUCUUCCUAAUACUAAGAUAAACAAUUUUCAUGAAUAUGGAAAGUUAUUUACCCAUCCAUUAUGCCCCAAUAAAAAUCUAGAUAUAAGAAUCUACAGUUGUAAAGAAUGUGGUAAAGCUUUUAAAAGUUCUUCAAAUCUUACUAGACAUGAGAAGAUUCAUAAUGGAGAAAAACCUUACAAAUGUAAUGAAUGUGGGAAAGCCUUUAAUAAUUACGCAUACCUCAGUCAGCAUCAGAGGAUCCAUAAUGGAGAAAAGCUGUAUAGAUGUGAAGAAUGUGGCAAAGCCUUUAACUGGUUUUCACGCCUUACUCUGCAUCAGAGAAUUCAUACUGGAGAGAAGCCAUACAAAUGUGAAGAAUGUGGCAAAGCCUUUAACUGUCGUUCACACCUCACUCGCCAUCAGAGAAUUCACACUGGUGAAAAACCCUACAAAUGUGAAAAAUGUGGCAAAUUCUUCACUCAUAGUUCAAAUCUUACACAACAUCAGAGGAUUCAUACCGGAGAGAAACCUUAUAAAUGUAACGAAUGUGGCAAAGCCUUUAACAAGCGCUCAAACCUCUCUUUACAUCAGAGAGUUCAUAUUAGAGAGAACACAUACAAAUGUGAAGAAUGUGGUAGAACCUUUGGUACUUGGUCUACCCUUUCUUUACACCAUAGAAUUCAUGAUGGAGAGAAACUUUACAAAUGCAAAGAAUGUGGGAAAGCCUUUAGCUAUUCUUCUGUCCUUAGUCGACAUCAGAGAAUUCAUACGGGAGAGAAACCUUACAAAUGUAAAGAAUGUGGUAAAGACUUCAGACAUGAUAUAAGCCUCACUCGACAUCAUAGAAUUCAUAGUGGAGAGAAGCCCUACAAAUGCAAGGAGUGUGGUAAAUCCUUUAUUCGGUGCUCACAUCUCACUCAGCACAAGAGAAUUCACACAUGAUAGAAUGUUUUCAAAUGCAUUCAGUCGCAUAAACCUUUGACUUUCCUACUGUGUUUAGUAAAUAUUUGAGAAUUCUUAAUGGAGAGAAACCAUAUGAAUGUAAUGAAUGGCAGCAUUUCAAAUGGCUCACCUUAACAACAGAAAACUCAUGCCAAUGGCGAGAAUACUUUCCAAGUGAGAGAACUCUUAUACAUGAUACUGGAUGAAAAUUAAAGUUAUAAAGGAAAUUUCUCAAACUCAUGAGUAAUUGAAACUACAAAUGUAAAGAAUGUGACAAGACCUUUAAUGGAAGUUCAGACCUAAUUCAACAUGAACCCAGGGCCAUUAAACUUCAGAUACUUUGGACACAACGAGAGUGUUACACUUUUAAGUUAUUUAUUUCUCAUUUUUGAAAUUACGAUUUUGUAAGUGUAAUAAUAAGCCAGAGAUGUUUGAGUCAUGAAUUUCAAGUUAUGAAAUUUUCUCAAUUACUUUGCUCAUAUCACCUUUAGGCCUAAAAUACAUACAGAGAUGACAAUUUACACUUAUGAGAUACACAAACCUUAAAAUCUAAUUGUAAUUUUUACAGAUAAUGGAACUAGAAAUAUUUAUUAUAGAUGAGUUUGUAAGUUUCUUUUUAUCUAUUGAUAAGUAAUGGGAAUUUGUGAAACAAAAGUUUAUUUUAAAUAAGUUAGCAAACCAGAAACCUUAUAUAUGUGAAAACAUAUCCAAACUGAAUUUAUCCAUAUCAAAUGUCAUGGUUCCUGCUCUAUACAGUCUAUGCUAUAAAGUUCAGGCUGGCCUGGAGCUCACUUUGUAGCCCAGGCUGGUCUUGAACUCACAAUGAUCUCCUCUCUCAGCAUCCUGAGUGCUGGGAUUACAGGAGUAUGCCACCAUGUCUGGCUAAUGAAAGACCUUAACAGGAUUAAUAGAUAAAUGUAAAAUUUUCUCUCUAUGAUCUGUUCAGAGAUUUUAAGAACUUUUUUUAUAAAUGUGUUCAUCAUUUCUUGUUGCUAUUCUCUCACCUACUUGGCCACCGCUGGGCAGACUUACCUGGGAUGAAUUCAAAGGUUAGAAAGGUUCAGACUAAGUUGUCUUAAGCCUGAAAUUUAAAAAUCCAUGGGACACUUGACUUACAAACUCAGUUCAUUCACAAGGGCCGGUUGUUAACUCAGUUUGGUUUUAAGUCAAGAUUAUUUUUCCCAUAAAAAAUAAUGGAAGUACCCAUAAUGUGUUCCAAACUCCCCAAAGCACUCAACUUUUUACAUAAUAAAAAGGGUUGUAUAAUAUAUGUAAUUUAACAGAAACACUACUAAUGUUUCUCAUUUAUUCAUCAAAAAGUUACAAAUUGUGCCUGGUUUACCACAAAAAGUUUCAUACUGUACUCAACAUUCAAACUGACAUCUUUGGCUUACAGCAAAGGAGAAUGAAAUGGAAGGUGGUAGUUGUUUGGAAGGAGAGUCCCCUUCCACAAGAGCGUCAGGAAUCUGGCUCUCUGGGGUCCUUUUCUGUCCUUGGGAGAGUGUGAAGGCCAGUCACCUGCUUUUGGCUCACAAGGUCUCAACCUUUUCAGAACUAAAAGCUGUUCUAAGAUUGUUUCUAUCUGUAACACUAUUCUUUUUGAUUGGGACUGCUUUCUUUGCCUUCCCUUCAUCUUUUCUAGCUUUUAGGGCCAUUUUGAUAAUAAUCAUAAUGAUUAUAAGUGAAGCACUGUCCGAAAUCAGCCACAAACACAUCUGGGCUCAGACUGACAUUUACAUGUGCUUUACUGGCAUUGUGAGUCUUUUUUUUUUUUGGUACCAGAGAUCAAACUCGCCACCUUGCGCUUGCCAGGUGAGCGCUUAACGCCGCAGAGCUAAAUCCCUGGCUCUAUUGUAAGACUUUGUUUACAAGCACACAAGCGACUGGCAUUUGGUUCAUAACUCAACCCAGUUUACUCUGUUGCCCAUCAUAACUUGAGGGUCCACUGUAUGAGAUUCUAUCAUUAGGAUUUUGUUAAAUGCAGACUUUGCACCGAUUUAUCAUUAGUUCAGCGAAAUCAUUGUUUCUACAACAAAAUGCACUUUCUAAUGUUCUUUCUAAUCAAGGGCCUUGUGGCUUCAAGUAGACUCAGAGCCUUAGAAUUGAGGCACAUUAGAAACUUGUAGCCCUCUUAUGUCACAUGAGACAGAUGGAUUUAGUAGCUGAGACAGGGUUUCCCUUUUUCUGCUGAGGGAAUGAGAAUCUACCACCACUACCCCAUUGUUCUGUUUGGGUUUUUUUGGGUUUGGUUUUUGGUACCAGGAAUUGAACUCAUGACCUCACACUUGUCCCCGGCACCCCAUAUUAUGGAGGAAAAAUAACACCAGACUGGUCAGCAAUACAAAAUUUAAGUACACAUAUUUGUAGUUAUUAUAUAGCCUGUGUAUAUGAAAAUUCAGUGCAAGGUUAAGGAAACAUUAACUGGUUCGUUUAAAACAUGAAGUAACUUGACACUUCGGGGAACCUUAACGGAAAGGAAAGCAAGAAAAUAAACUGGAGUUAAUUAAUAUGCUUGAA